CGCAGCACCGAGGCCAAUUGGGCGACCAACACUCUCGUUCUCAAAACGAAGUGUGGACAGAUGUAUCACGUACCUUUCAUAGGUACCACUGCGACACCACGCCCCGAUCCUCCUCCCCCGGAGCCUUCGGUGCCCACACCAUCUCCUUCCAUCACUGUCACCUCGCCUCGGCAGUUCGCCCACUUCAUCCGACAGGACGACGUCACCUUCUUUAUGGUGGACGUGACGGAUAUCUUACACUAUGAUCCACCCUGUCCCGACGCCGAGCUCAUCCCUCUGAAGCCAGAUCCUCCUUCUAUGUCCAUGGCUCCCAUCUCUACUUCCAUCCCUCCGCCGUCCGUCGAGUCCACUCCGUCGUCGCGCGCUGACGCUGAUGCUGAGGAGCUCGCACGAUAUACGGCUGACCUAGAGCCCGCAGUUCGUGACCUCAUCCAAGAGUACCACGACGUUUUUCCAUCGUCUUUCUCGUACGCCGGCAUCCCACCGAUGCGUGACGUCGAGCACUCCAUUCAGCUUGUGCCUGACUAUCGUGUUCACCACCAGGCACCCUACAGACUCUCGAUCCCCGAGGCCACCGAACUCAAGCGUCAGCUUGAGGAGCUCCUGAGACUGGGUUUCAUUAAACUCAGCAACUCCCCGUGGGGUGCACCCGUCCUCUUUGCUCGCAAAGCGGAUGRAACUCUUYGUCUCUSCAUCGACUACCGCGRYCUYAACCGCUACRCGGUUAAGAACAGCUACCCCAUGCCUCGUUCCAAUGAGUUGUUCGACCGCCUAGCAGGCAACCGCUUCUUUACGAAGAUUGAUCUUCGUAGCGAGUGUCCCACCUGUCAGGAGGUGAACAGUGCGAACCACCAACCUUAUGGUUUGCUCCAGCCUCUUCCUAUCCCUGAGGGUCGUUGGCAGUCCAUCUCGAUGGACUUUAUCGGUCCUCUUCGACCUCCGAUCCCCCGCGGUCAUGAUGCUAUCCUGGUCGUCGUCGACCGCUUCACGAAGCGUGCACGCUUUGUUCCGUGUCGCUAUGCCAUCAGUGCACGUGAGGUCGUCGACAUCGUAUUUGACCGAGUCGUGCGUGACCACGGCUUACCUUUGAGCAUCAUAUCUGACCGUGACAGGCGCUUUACCAGCCGAUUCUGGCUACGGGUCCACGAGGUGUACGGCACUCAGCUCCGCUUCUCCUCGUCUUACCAUCCUCAGGCUAAUGGUCAGACCGAGAUCACGAACAGGACUCUCGGGGAUAUUCUCCGAAAGAUUGUCCGUGACGAUCAGCAGUGGGAUCUCCAUCUUACCCACGCAGAGAUAGCCUACAACCACGCCGUCUCGCCAGCCACGGGGAUGUCGCCUUACUAUUGCGACCUCGGCUACCACCCUCGUGUUCACGCGGACUUCCUUCGACCAUCACAGAUGCACCCCGACACGAGUUGUCCCGCACUGGAUGAUUGGGUUACACACAUGACGUCGAUCAUGAAGACCGCACAUGAGCACAUAGCCGCUUCCCAGACUCGCAUGGCAGCACGUGCAAACGGAUCGAGGAUGGAUCAUCCAUUCAAAGUUGGUGAUGACGUGUUUAUCGACGCCCGCCACUUACAUCUCGAAGCAGACACGCUUCGCAAGUUUCAGCGUCGCUUCUUUGGCCCAUGCCGCAUCCUCCAGGCCGUCGGUUCUGAUACGGCUUCUAGCCCGGUCAGCUUCCGUGUGAAGCUGCCCGACUACCUACGCCAAGAUCGUGUAUACGAUGUCUACCACGUCUCGUUACUGCGUCUUUACCGCAGACCGUCUGAGCAUUUCGUCGGCCGACCAUACGAGCGCCCUCCACCCAUCAUGGUGGACGGUCACGAGGAGUUCCUCGUUUCAAACAUCAUUGGUCGCCGAGUCACCGACGACAACCCUCCCCACGUCGAGUAUCUCAUACGUUGGAAGGGUUACCCUGAUGAGGAGGCUACCUGGGAUCCCCUCGAGCACUUGCAGCACGCUCGCAUGUGUAGGAAAGCGGUACUUUGGCGUCAAAAGCGCCAGGACCACACCAUCGUCGUCUUUGACGACGAUAUUGUGGAGAAGUGGUCAUUGGAGGUCGAGGGUGUGGCGAGCAACAGUGAUUCCGAGAAGGGGGAAGUCACUGUUGUCGUGGUCAACAAGGGAGGACCACGACCGCCAGUAAAGAAGAAGAAGCCACGCUCGUUCCUAGAGCAUCCCGGGAUUGCGGUCGGGAAGCUAUGGGAAAAUAUGGGAAUGUCACAAGAAACAUGGCAGGAAAGAAUGGAUAAUGCGCAGUGUCUGAAGUGUGGUACCCCAGAACAUAAGCGCAAGCGAUGCGAGAGUGGGAAAACAAACAUCGUCAUUGUCGAUCCGCAUCCAUACGCUCUCCAUAGCUAACACAGCCAAAGGAGACCAACAACAGCGCAAAACGACCCAGGAGGAGAUCACGGGAGCACUAACCAGCCCAGAUGCAAUGCUUCCAAUUAGACAAAUAAUAGAUUGCCAGCGAAGAACAAUGCUUGCUCAAUAAUAGAUUGUCAGCGAAGAACAAUGCUUGCUUCGGACAGCAAAUGGAUUCGAACUUGGGUCUGCGAAGAAGAAAGACAGGCAGAUGCAGAUGCAGAUGCAGAUGCAACGAGGAGAAAAACGUGAAACAAGGAAAAAUGCAUGCAUGCAUGCACUCCGUGGAAAAAAAUGACGUGACUACGUCCGACAACUGGAUUCGAACUUGUUCACAAGGAACAAUGCAUGCAUGCAUGCACUCCGUGGAAAAUGACGUGACUACGUCCGACAAAAACGGCGCAGAUGCAGAUGCACAUGCAAGCGGAGAAAAACAAUGACAAGCGGUAAGCCAGCGAAGACGCUAGAAGACCGUUUCCGCCUCUCCGCACAUCCCAAAGAAUUAACAGAAACAGUGAACAAAGUAGCAGGCAAAAAAAAAAAAAAAAAAAAAAGGUAGCAGGCCACAGACUGCGAAUACAGUGGGAAGUAACCACAUUUAGAAGUAGCAUCUACAAUUCCGACUAACACAAUAAAUCGGGAAAACGGGAGAGCGUCGACGGUGGAAAGGAGGGGAGGGGGGUAGAACGGAUCAGUGAAAGCGCAGAAACGCUCAGUCGUCAGAGAGAGAGAUCAGCAGGCGACCGACCGACCACCCGUCCGCAGGCGACCACCACCCGUCGGUCUCUACAAACCCGCCCCUCUAGUCGCUGAGGCAAUGACGGGAAAGAAUUACUGUAACUAAUUACGGAAAGAGAAUCUUCCCUUGUGACAAACACGGCUCACUGCUCGCUGAGGGGAUGGCGGGAGAGAACAAACGCAAAAGAAUCUUCCCUUUGUCAGACAGGCUCCAGAGAGAGGAACCGCCGUAUUACGCUAAGCCUUGGAAAAUGCUGCGCCCCCUCAGCGCGGGAAAACGGAUACCCCUGUUGGGGGGAGGAGAGCAAAAUGGAAUGAAAGUGGAUCCAUCACCCAUUUUUCCUUCAGCGCGGUGACAAGACAUCCACAAACCGAAAACACGACCCCACUUUUCACCUCAGUCCCAAUUUUGUUUUGUUGGCAUCAUCAUACUAGUAGCAGCUCCUCCCGCCCAAACAUUCAAACACUGCGUACUGCCACGACGUUACCGCCGCCCAUUUCUGUGUACCGCCGCCCAUUUCUGUAUACCGCCGCACAUUUGCGCAUACCGCCGCACAUUUCUGUACACCGCCGCACAUUUCUGCAUACCGCCGCACAUUUCUGUAUACCGCCGCACAUUCCUGUAUACCGCCGACGUUACCGCCGCACAUUACCGUCUACCGCCCGCAUCAAUUCACAGAAAAUUCUUUGUGUUUCUCAGAGUUGGCUUCGAGACGCAUCAUGCCCGACCUCUCUUUCCCCCGCCCCGCUGUUCGCUUUAAAUUGGCAAAAGACUAUCAUUGCCCUCAGCGAUAUCUCUUUCGUCGCCGUCUUUCCACA